GCCGUGGAAGGACCUGGUUCUGCCCGACUCGACGCCGGUGGUGAACUGCAUCUCCCAGGUCUUCGCUACCCUCGACGAGUUCAGCCAGCAGCUCGCCAAGGGCUUCGACUCGGCCACCGACGAGCGCUUCUGCCAGAAGACCGUGCAGGAGGCGGUGAAGGACCAGCAGCGCAGGGAGGUGCUGAAGCAGCUGAAGAUGACGAACAAGCGCCACAGCACUGCCAGGCGCGUGCCAGAGCCGGCGCCAGAGGCGGCUCAUUGCGGAUCCGGCUCGCCCCUGCCUCGCUGUGCCAGCGCGUCCGCGAUGGCUGGCACCAGUGAGUCUGGCAGCUUCUCGGGAGCAGCAGCCCACAUGGGGAUACCGACUGGUACCAAGGAGUUGCCGUGA